AUGAAUGAACCGUUAGAGGAAUUGGGUAUGGAAUUAACCAAUUGCACAUCAGUAAAUACAAAAAUAAUAACGAAAACAGGAAAAAUUGAAGGGUUUACUCAGAUUGUACUUGGUAACAAGAUAGAUACAUUCUUAGGAAUUCCAUUUGCCGAACCUCCAGUCGGAAACUUAAGAUUUAGGGAACCUGUUCCAAAACGGCCAUGGAGAGGAACAAGAAAAACUCAGAAGUUCGCCAAAUCGUGUUCUCAGCCUGCUUUCUUUGCCUCUGAUAUUCCAGCAACCACCCAAGGUGAAGACUGUUUAUACCUAAAUGCAUGGAUCCCUCAAGGAGGAUGUAAACACAAACAUACAAUGGUAUGGAUUGUAGGAGGGGGGUUCAUUACUGAGAAUUUCGUUGGCAGUAAUCCGAAAGUGAUUGCUGCAUAUACAGAUACUAUUGUUUUCACAAUAAGUUAUAGAGUUGGACCAUUAGGUUUUCUAUAUUUUGACCACAAUGAUGCACCUGGUAAUAUGGGACUGCUUGAUCAAUCAAUAGCAAUUAAAUGGAUACAUGACAACGUGAAAAGAUUUGGAGGAAGCAAGCAUAAAAUUACUUUAUUUGGACAAAGUGCUGGAGGUGCCAGUGUGAAUUAUCACAUUUUAUCCGAGUUUUCGCGCCCGUAUUUUCAAAAAGCAAUCAUACAAAGUGGAGCAGCUGACUCGAGAUUUGGCUAUCAUUCCCCUUCUGUAGCACUUAAUAAUGCUAAUGCAUUUGCUGCGCAGCUUGGUUGUUCAGAUAUUAAUUUCAAAUGUCCAGUCAUUGAAGUUGCGCAGACUAUGUCCACAGUUAAUCCUGGUAAUACCGUUUACAUGUAUUCCUUCGAAUAUAGAGCAUUAUUUCCACCUGUACCAGAAUGGUUUGGAGUUCUACACGCAGGUGAAAAUGACUUUGUCUUUGGUGCGCCUUUGAUAGACAGCGUCAACUACUCCGACACAGAUAGAUAUGUCAGCAAGAGAAUGAUGAAAUACUGGACAACAUUUGCUAAAACAGGAAAUCCAAACUUCUGUAAAGAUACGUGUAACGAUUGGAAUCGCUAUGACAGCCGGGACAGGAAGUACCUGAUUAUUGACAGUGACUGUCCUCAAGAUGGUCAAGGACUCAGGGAAACACAGUGUGCUUUCCUGAAGAACUAUCACAUAAACUUAACAUUGUUCAUGGAACCAUAA